AUAUCCCUCGUCGCCGAUCCGCCGCCGCCGCCGCCUCUAGAACCGACCGCCGCCGACCGUUCCUCCGACGUGGAACCGUACAAAGGAUUUCCAAUGGGAAAGAGUAACCGAGCAGCUGUGGUCGUGCUUGGUGAUAUCGGCCGUAGCCCCCGAAUGCAAUACCAUGCGCUCUCCCUUGCUCGUCAGGUUGUAAGCAUUGCAAAGUUCUCUUUUCCCCUUCUUUACUCAUCAUUUCGGGUCUCUAGAAUAAUGAAACCACCGAUUUUCUUGCAGGCCAUUUUGGAAGUUGAUAUUGUAGCAUAUGGAGGUUCAGAGUCACACAUUUCAGUUUUGGAGCACCAAUCUAUUCAUAUACAUAAAACUUUGAAAGAUAUGAAGACUGUUCGGAAUAUCAAUUUUUACACAAAAGUUACAAUUUUUUUCAUUUUGCAGAAUCCUCCAUCUGUUCCUACUCUAGUGGCUGUGAAGUGUGCCAGCUGGAUUAGAAAGUCAACUUUCAUUGUCGAUUGGCAUAAUUUUGGAUAUACUCUGCUUGCUUUGUCCCUUGGAAGGAAUAGUCUCUUUGUUGCAAUGUAUCGUUGGAUCGAGAAGAAAUUUGGCACGAUGGCUCACGGUUCCUUAUGUGUGACGAGAGCAAUGCAACACGAGUUGUCCCACAAUUGGGGAAUUAAAGCCACUGUUCUAUACGAUCAACCUCCAGAAUUCUUCCGGCCUGCUUCACUUGUGGAGAAGCAUAACGUAGUGGAUAUGUUUGGCUGUGGACUACCUGUCUGUGCUGUUUCGUAUUCUUGCAUAAAGGAGCUGGUAAAUGUCGAAAAGAAUGGUCUCUUUUUCUCUUCAUCUGCAGAAUUGGCCGAUGAACUCAUGUUAAGCUUCUCAAGAUUAUGGAUUUGA